CUGAAUCCCUACUUUCCCUGUCUUUCGAAAGGCCCCAUGCAGGAGACGGUGUUCGACUUCUGGAGGAUGGUCUGGCAGGAGAACACGGCAGCUAUCGUCAUGGUGACCAACUUGGUAGAAGUCGGCAGGGUGAAAUGUUGCAAGUAUUGGCCGGAUGACACCGAAAUCUACAGAGACAUCAAGGUGACGCUGAUAGAGACGGAGCUGUUGUCAGAGUAUGUCAUCAGGACCUUCGCUGUGGAGAAGAGAGGGGCUCACGAGAUCCGGGAGAUUCGACAGUUUCACUUCACGGGCUGGCCGGACCACGGCGUGCCCUAUCACGCCACGGGCCUGCUGGGUUUCAUCAGGAGGGUCAAGUCCAAGACCCUGACCAAUGCGGGGCCCAUGGUGGUCCACUGCAGCGCCGGGGCCGGUCGAACCGGCUGCUUCAUCGUCAUCGACAUCAUGCUGGACAUGGCGGAGAGGGAGGGCGUGGUGGACAUUUACAACUGCGUGAGGGAGCUCCGCUCACGGAGGGUCAACAUGGUCCAAACUGAGGAGCAGUAUGUCUUCAUCCACGACGCCAUCUUGGAAGCGUGCCUCUGCGGGGACACCACCAUCCCCGCCGGCCAGCUCCGCUCCGUCUACUACGACAUGAACCGCCUGGACCCGCAGACCAACUCCAGCCCCAUCAAGGAGGAGUUCAGGACGCUGAACAUGGUGACUCCCACGCUGCGGGUGGAGGACUGCAGCAUCGCCCUGCUGCCCCGGAACCACGAGAAGAACCGCUGCAUGGACGUCCUGCCCCCGGACCGCUGCCUCCCCUUCCUGAUCACCAUCGACGGAGAGAGCUCCAAUUACAUCAACGCCGCGCUCAUGGACAGUUACAAGCAGCCCUCCGCGUUCAUUGUGACCCAGCACCCGUUACCAAACACAGUGAAGGACUUCUGGAGAUUGGUGCUGGACUACCACUGCACGUCCAUAGUGAUGCUCAACGAUGUGGACCCGGCCCAGUUGUGUCCACAGUACUGGCCCGAAAACGGAGUCCACCGCCACGGCCCCAUCCAGGUGGAGUUCGUCUCUGCCGAUUUGGAGGAAGACAUCAUCAGCAGAAUAUUUCGGAUCUACAAUGCAGCUCGGCCGCUGUGCUCGUCCAUCAUCCUGUCAUAUCUCCACAUCCAUCUCCUCAGUGGCUCCUUUACGCAUUUCUGGCCCAGCCUCAAACGGGCUCAUAUGAACUUUGCUUUUAAACGUCUAAUUGCGUCUAUGUACGGCGGCGAUGGGUGGCCUCAGGACGGCUACCGGAUGGUUCAGCAGUUCCAGUUCCUGGGCUGGCCCAUGUACAGAGACACGCCCAUGUCCAAACGCUCCUUCCUCAAGCUCAUUCGUCAGGUGGACAAGUGGCAGGAGGAGUACGACGGAGGCGAGGGACGCACUGUGGUCCACUGUCUGAAUGGAGGAGGCCGGAGCGGGACUUUCUGUGCCAUCAGCAUUGUGUGCGAGAUGCUCCAGCACCAGCGCUCUGUGGAUGUUUUCCACGCAGUCAAAACACUGAGGAACAACAAACCCAACAUGGUGGACCUGCUGGACCAGUACAAGUUCUGCUAUGAGGUGGCCCUGGAGUACUUGAACUCUGGAUAA